GCCUGCCCGCGCCCGGAGGAUGGAGCUGUGGCUCCCCCAGCCCAGCUGACGUCUCCCCGCCUGGGCGUGUGCACCAGGCUCGCUCUGCCCCGCCGGCACCUGCCCUGGGGCGGCCAUGCGGGAGCCGCGGCCGGCGGCCCCGGCGUCCUGCGGCUGAGCCCGGCUGCGGGGCAGGGAGGGGAGCGGAGCGCCCCCGGCAGCAUCCCCAGCCGCGCCCCCGGCGGAGCUCGGACCCGCGGCCGCCUCCACCCGCCGACUCUGGCUGCGGCGAGCAUGUGCCCAGGGGAGCCGGGCCGGGCGCCCGGGCAAGGGCGUUUGAAGGGAACCUGAGCAGGGCGCUUCCCCGGCAGGAUGGAGGCAGCGCCAGGCACGGAGCCCCGGGACAGGGCGCAGGGCGCCGACCCGCGGGACAAGCCCCAGGCGCUGGACGGGGCGGCCCCCGGGCGCCCCGAGGGUAGCGUGGGCUCUGGGCCAGGCCAGCCGCCCAGCGCAGUAACCCCGGCGGAGGCGCCCGCCUCGCAGCCCGGGGCCGGCAAGGCGGAGGCGGCGGAACAAAUCCUGUCGGACGCCGAGGACCCCGCCGCGCUAGCCGGCACCUUCGUGCAGCGCCAGCUCGGGGCCAUGCUGCAGCCCGCGGUCAACAAGUUCUCGCUGCGCAUGUUUGGCAGCCACAAGGCGGUGGAGCUGGAGCAGCAGCGGGUGAAAUCGGCCGGGUCCUGGAUCAUCCACCCCUACAGCGACUUCAGGUUUUACUGGGACCUCAUCAUGCUGCUGCUGAUGGUGGGGAACCUGAUCAUCCUGCCCGUAGGCAUCACCUUUUUCAAGGAUGAGAACACACCACCUUGGAUUGUCUUCAACGUGCUCUCGGACACCUUCUUCCUGGCCGACCUGGUGUUGAACUUCCGCACGGGCAUCGUGGUGGAGGACAACACGGAGAUCAUCCUGGACCCGCACACCAUCAAGAUGAAGUACCUGAAGAGCUGGUUCCUGGUCGAUUUCAUCUCCUCCAUCCCCGUGGAUUACAUCUUCCUCAUCGUCGACCUGGAGACUCAGGUGGACUCCGACGUCUACAAGACAGCGCGGGCCCUGCGCAUCGUGCGCUUCACCAAGAUCCUCAGCCUGUUGCGGCUCCUACGCCUGUCCCGCCUCAUCCGCUACAUUCACCAGUGGGAGGAGAUUUUCCACAUGACCUACGACCUGGCCAGCGCCGUGGUGCGGAUCGUUAACCUCAUUGGCAUGAUGCUGCUGCUGUGUCACUGGGACGGCUGCCUGCAGUUCCUGGUGCCCAUGCUGCAGGAUUUCCCUGAGGACUGCUGGGUCUCCAUCAAUCACCUGGUGAACGACUCCUGGGGGAAGCAGUACUCCCAUGCCUUGUUUAAGGCCAUGAGCCACAUGCUCUGCAUUGGGUACGGCCAGCAAGCUCCGGAGGGGAUGACCGACGUCUGGCUCACCAUGCUCAGCAUGAUUGUGGGUGCCACCUGCUACGCCAUGUUCAUUGGCCACGCCACUGCCCUCAUCCAGUCGCUGGACUCCUCCCGCCGGCAGUACCAGGAGAAGUACAAGCAGGUGGAGCAGUACAUGUCGUUCCACAAGCUGCCCGGGGACACGCGCCAGCGGAUCCAUGAGUACUAUGAGCACCGCUACCAGGGCAAGAUGUUUGAUGAGGAGAACAUCCUGGGGGAGCUGAGUGAGCCUCUCAAAGAGGAAAUCAUCAACUUUAACUGCCGGAACCUGGUGGCCAACAUGCCGCUGUUUGCCAGCGCCGACCCCAACUUUGUGACGGCCACUCUGACCAAGCUGCGCUUCGAGGUCUUCCAGCCUGGGGACUUCAUCAUCCGCGAGGGCACCGUGGGCAAGAAGAUGUACUUCAUCCAGCACGGCGUGGUCAGCAUCCUCACCAAGGGCAACAAGGAGACCAAGCUGUCCGAUGGCUCCUACUUCGGGGAGAUCUGCCUGCUGACGCGGGGGAGGCGCACGGCCAGCGUCCGGGCUGACACCUACUGCCGCCUCUACUCACUCUCGGUGGAUAACUUCAAUGAGGUGCUGGAGGAGCACCCCAUGAUGCGUAGGGCCUUCGAGACCGUGGCCAUGGACCGCCUGGACCGCAUCGGUGAGGGAGCGCCCGCCCCAGGUAAGAAGAACUCCAUCCUCCUGCGCAAGCGAGCAGAGCACAGCUCGGGGACCAUGAACAACGAGAUGAUCCAGCAGAUUGUCAAGCACGACCGGGACAUGGCCCACAACAUCCAGGACCUGCAGCAGAUGGCGGUGGGCCGGGAGCUGAGUGGCAAGCCAGUGAUCUGGGAGCCCCUGGUGCAUGCGCCACUGCAAACGGCAGCUGCCACAACCAACGUGGCCAUUGCCUUGACUCACCAGCAGAGCCUGCAGGCCCACAUCUUCCUGCCACCCUCCUCCAUCUCCAGCCCACUCUCACCUGAGGCCACCCUGCUCACCAGGCAAGUGCGCAGGUCCCAGCCCAGCCUGGGGGGCUCCCGGCCCUCCUCGGUGAGCUCCCAGUCCGGCGUACAGUCCCACCUGCAGACGCCUGCAGCCAACUCCCCUUCAUCCCCCAUGGUCCAGUCCCAGUCGCCUCUGGAAAGUGGGGGUCAGAAAGCUGGCCACGUGGGACUGCCACAGCCAAGGCUGGUGCAGAAGGGAGAGCCCCUGGCGAUAGCAAAGCAGCCCCUGACGGGCUCCCAACCCCAGCUCUCCAAGUCCCGAGGCACCUCAGUUUCCACGUCACUUCUGCAGCAGCCAGCAGGGGCUCCGUCCCCCAGCUCUGAGCAGGCGCUCCCAGCAGGGAGAACUCUCCACUACAGCCUGUCCCGAGCCACCGGCUCCCACAUCUCACUGCUGAUGCAGCCGCAGCAGCUGGUGAAACACAGGAGCAUCCAGGGCCUACCCAUCGGGAGGCUCACCCAGGACGUCCGGCUCCUGUCAGCAUCUCAGCCAUCCCUGCCCAAUAAAGUCGCCCAGCAAGUGGACGGGAGCUCCUCCCCUCAGGGCAGAAAGUCAGCAGGGAACCUGGCUCACAGGUCAUCUCCCUCGGUAGCUGGACUCCUCACCAAGCCACCCCCUGGGGUUCCAGGCCAGCCAGCACACCCGCAGCAGAUGCCUUCAGGAUCUUUGGUCCAAUCCAGCCGGCCCGUGAGCGGACCGUCCACCCCGCAGUCUCCCGUCUCUACGCCCAGGCAUGCGGCAGGCCCCUCCCGCAAGGGCUCCGUGGCAUUCAGCCCUGAGGUGGAAAGUGGGAAGCCCAAACUCCCGUCCAACAUAUGAGAGCCCAGGGCUGGGUCCAAGCAUGGGGGGGAGAGGAGUGGGCUCGCUGGAGAGCCGUGCUCCUGGGGCUGUUUGACAUGGGGCUGGGGCAGGGAGAAAGGGGGACAGCCUCCCCCAAGGCCCCCACCCAGGGCUGAGGCUUAGUGGGCAAGGAGAGGAGAUGGCCAGGGGUGACCACCUACCGCAGAUACUGACUCUGCCAGAGUCAUAUGCCUGGCUGCAGGACAGGCUCUGCCCAGGGGUCGCUCUGGGAUUCUCCUGACUCCACUGAGGACAGGAAGCCACUAAAAGGCUGCCCCCAUCUGCACCCCAGAGCAAGGGGGCAGCAGGGCUGUGGGCUGGGCUGACUCCAUCAGUGCCCUCUGCAUUCUGCCUCUCCCUGGGAAACCAAUCUUGCAAUGGGACCCUGCCCCUACUCUGUCCCCUUGCCAUGGGGCCCUGCCCUAUUCCUCACUCCACCUGCUCCCAAUGGGCCCAGCCCCUGCCCUGCAGGGCAUAGGCCCCACCGUGGUGAGUAGCGUCAGGAAGGCACUCAGUGGCUUCUCCCACUCAUGUUUCUCCAUUAGGAAAUUCUCCCAGCCCCCCCACUUUGCCCAUCCCUCAGCUGUGUCCCCACAAUGGCCUGGUUCAAGCCUUUGCCCUGUGGGGGAUAGGGCCAGAGCCCCAGGGUGAGGCCUUUCCCCUCACCCACAGCAGGGGACAGAGUGGAGGGGUGGACCCCAGGGAGAGGCCUUUGCACUGGGGGAGGGCAGAGUGGGAGGAGGUGGGGGAUUGCAAGGUUGCUGAAAACUGGAAUCCCCCUCACUCCAGCUCCCAAGCCUCUGUACCCAGAGCAGGACGACGGGGGCCCCAUGGCGCUGGCUGCCAUGGCCGACCCAGGAAGCCAAGAUGAAUCCAUCCAGCACCCCAUGGUCCCAGGCAGCUCCAAGUCCCCAGGACUCCAAGUGUCUCCCCUCUCUCCCCCUCAUCCCCAACUGGUCUAGUCUGAGAGGCCACACAGAUCCUCGUGCACGUGGCCUCUGCCCCCAGAGGCCUGGCAAGUCACUGCCACUUGUGAACACGUCUCAGCAGCCCUGUCUCCCACAAGGUGAGGUUAAAUGUGUGCAGGAGCUCAUGCGAGUGCCUCUCGCCCUAGAGAACCCAGUUCCCUGGGGAAGGGAGGCAUGGGGAGCAGGCAUGUCUCAUCCCCCACUGCUCCGAGCACCUGGUCUUUAUAGUCAGAUGGUCCCUGUAGAAAGAGGGAGAUCUCGACCCAGCAGAAGGGGGCCGUGGGCCAGAGCUGUCCUGGCUGUAACUGUCUGGGCUGGAUUUGAGCUGGUGGGUUCCCUCCACCUCACAGCUCCUGGCCUGUCCUGGGGUCCAGGAGGCUGCCUCUGAGGACAUAGGCCCAGUGCUGGCUUCCCUGAGGUGCUUGUUCCUGGUAUCCGUGGCUUGUCAGGAGAAGAUUAAUCAACUCCCCUUGGUGCAAGGAGCCAGGCCUGGAAAUACAAAAGCUGAAUAGAAAUGUCCCGAGGUCCCCCAGGGCCUGUGCUGGGAGGCCAAAGGUGAUGUGCAUUCCUAUGAGACAGGCUCUGAUGGAUGUUCUGGGAGCCUUGGGGCAGCCAGACCCAGAGACCUGACUGAAGGGCCUCCUUGUCUGGGUCUUGUCCCCUACACUGUAUUGAGGCAGGGAGCACAGGGACUGCAGUUCAGGGCUCUCAGUGUCACCCCGAGAUGUGCAUUUCUCACUGAGCAUGUUCUUGGCAGACCAGACGGUUUCCUGCUCCCCUCUUGUGGGAAGGGACAUGGAAAGAGUUUUGCUACCUCUGCUCUCGACUGCUAGCUCCUGCACCCCAGGAGGGUCUUUGAGAGCUGGGCCAGGGGGUUUCUCUCUUACCUUGCAGGCUGGUGCCCAUUGCCUGGGGUUAGUCUGAGUGAGCAGCACUGUCCCAGGGAGUUGGGUGUCGGGAAGGGUUGGUCCCCACCCCCUGUCCAUGGUCAAGUCUUGCUAAAGACCCAGCCCCAGUUUCUUGAAGUCAGUCCAAGAUGCUCUUCAUCAGCAUUAAAGUGACUCCAGGGAGAUUGCAGAGGAGAUGCUCACGUUCCCCCACCCCAGGCCCAUCAGUCACGCCCCAAUCACUGCCUGGAUCUCAGCUCGAAGCAAUGUUGCUUCCUGCACUUGUAGCCUCCCCAGGGGAGGAUUCUGCGUCCCUGUACAGAAGGGUUGGGAUUUCCGGGGAGUCUCCCGGCUCAGCCCGAGCUGCCCCUCUCCAGGAACCAGUAGUUAGCAAUGUGUGUGCGAGUCGUGGCUCUGCUAAGCAGCUGAAUUCUGCUUACGGUGUUGCUUUUGGGUCCAAACGUGUUACUGAUUUGGGUUAGAAUAGUGCCCCCCCCCCCCCC